CACAGUAACUUCCAUCUGUCUCCCUCCACCAUGCAGAUCUCCACGGCACUUCUAUUCCUGCUGCUCACGGCCUCUUCCUUCACCUCCCAGGUGCUGGCUCACCCAGGCUCCAUCCCAACUUCCUGCUGCUUUAUCAUGACCAGUAAGAAGAUCCCCAACACACUACUGAAGAGCUACAAAAGAAUCACCAACAGCAGAUGCACCAUGAAAGCCAUAGUCUUCAAGACCAAGUUGGGCAAAGAUAUCUGUGCUGACCCCAAGAAGAAGUGGGUCCAGGAUGCCACAAAGCACCUGGACCAAAAACUCCAAACUCCAAAACCAUAGACAACCUCCUCUUUGACACUAACCCAGAGCCUAAGAAAUGCUUGAUUCCUUCUCUUUCCUAGGAUGUGCUCUGAGGGACUAUCAGCACAGUCCCCCAAGGACUUGGCUUCAUGUAGUUACAGAUCGGACUGGGAGUCAUUAUGUCUGCUGAAAUAAGUCAGAGUCAAAAGAUUGUGUAAUUUCUUGCAUAUCCAACAUCUUAAAAGGGGGGCAUGAAAGGAGAUGUGGGAUUAUUGAGGAAUAGAAUGGUUUUAUUAAAUUAAUUAAAAUGUUAAUAUUUAAAAACAUG